CACGACAGACCCGCGCAAAAGCAAGACGGUUCAUCAACAGUCAAGCGUCAUCACUACAUCAUCUGAUCUUUCCCUUCAUUUCACUCCUUGCAAAUUGCUUAAAAGAGCACAAUUCGCUUUUCAUUACUCCAAUUGACCUCAUAUUCAUUCUCCAUGCCUCUCCCACGACAAGUAUUCAUUGCAGUAAUCGGUGCCGGAGGCGUCGGAAAGUGCUUUCUCUCUCAGCUUCAACACCUAGCAUCCAACCUUUCCCGCUCCCCUUCCGCUCCUACAUACCUCUCCCUCAUUCUCCUAAGCACAUCCAAGAAAUCCAUCUACCAUGCCGACUACAAAUCCCUCAACAACUGGGACACGGAGCUCCAAGCUUCAGCCACGUCUCCUCUACCACUUCCUCAACUGGUGGAAUACUUGGUGAAGGCUCCAGGCAAGGUGGUGCUCGUGGACAAUACGUCGAAUCAGGAGAUUGCAGAUACAUACCCUACGUUCUUGAAGAAAGGGAUAUCAAUCGUAACGCCCAACAAGAAAGCAUUCUCGUCGACCUAUCAGCUCUGGACCGACAUCUUUAGCGCUGCAGCGAAUGGCACCGGAGGGGGCGGGUAUGUGUUCCAUGAGUCAUCCGUUGGUGCCGGACUUCCAGUCAUCUCAACGCUGAAGGAGUUAGUUGAGACAGGCGAUGAAGUGCGCAAGAUUGAAGGCGUGUUCAGCGGCACUAUGAGCUUCCUCUUCAAUUCCUUCCAGCCUGUGAAUGGCGGAGGAGGAAAGUUUUCGGCGGAGGUCAAGAUUGCAAAGGAGAAAGGGUUUACGGAGCCAGAUCCGCGAGAUGAUUUGAAUGGCCUGGACGUUGCGAGGAAACUUACGAUUCUGGCGCGUCUAGCGGGCCUGAAGGUGGAGUCGCCAACAUCUUUCCCAGUGCAAUCUCUCAUCCCUAAGGAGCUCGAGUCGUGCUCGUCGGGAGACGAAUUCUUAUCUCGGCUUCCGGAGUUUGAUGGUCAGAUGGAUGAGCUGAAAGCAGCUGCGGAGAAAGAAGGCAAGGUCGUGAGGUUCGUCGGCAGCGUGGAUGUGCCGAAGGGAGAAGUGAAGGUUGGACUGGAGAAAUUUGACAAGAGCCAUCCUAUCGCCGCGCUCAAAGGAAGCGACAACAUAAUCGCGUUCUAUACCAAAAGAUACGGCGACAAUCCUCUGAUCAUACAGGGCGCUGGUGCUGGCGGUGAAGUCACGGCAAUGGGAGUCACAGGGGACCUCGUCAAGAUCCUGAGCCUUCUCCAGUAAAGAAGUGGAACAGGAUCGAAUUUACCGGCCAAUAGGGUGACGAGAUAUCGCCAGGUGUAUCCAUGAAGGAGGCACAGUCGCUUUCAAAGGUCUAUGGAUGUGUAUGGAUAAAUAAAGAUGCGCCCCCCCUCCCUUAGAUCUUCUGAAUCCCCGUAGACCUUGAAAUACGUUGUGAGUAUGGGCAGGAAGACCCUCUUAUUAAACAGUUUCUCUGUAA